AUGUUGAUUCUUUUUCUAGCCGUUUCUCUCAUCUCAUUGAUUAAUGCUACAUCCAUAGUAUCUCGCUCACAGUCCUACCCGCUAUCUCAGCCCGCUGUACAUGGCCCCAAAACCAGAAUAACCAUAGGUAAUAGAGUCAUCGCUCCCGAUGGGCUCAAACGCUCAGCAACUCUUGUUGACGGCACGUUUCCUGGACCUUUAAUUACAGCCCAGAAGGGAGAUCACUUCGACAUUGAGGUGGUCAACGACCUCACGGAUGACUCGAUGUUCCGGGUUACCAGUGUCCACUGGCAUGGCAUCUCCCAGAAUGGGAGCAACUAUGCCGAUGGGACGUCCUUCGUCACCCAAUGCCCCAUCACGCCGAACCACUCAUUUUUGCAUUCUUUCUCCGCCCAGAACCAGGCGGGCACUUUCUGGUAUCACAGUCAUUACUCUUGCGAUGGUCUCAGGGGAGCCCUGGUAAUAUAUGAUCCUCAAGACCCUUUGGCAUACAUGUAUGAUGUCGAUGAUGCAAGUACCGUGAUCACGCUUGCCGACUGGUAUCAUACUGUAGCCCCUGCAUUGCGCGGCACGAUAGUUGUUGCUCAGUCUAUACUCAUCAAUGGACUCGGUCGCUAUGCUGGAGGACCGGAGUCCGAUCUUGCUGUGAUCAAUAUCGAGCAAGGAAAGCGAUAUCGCUUGCGCCUGGUUCAAAUGUCAUGCGACUCUAAUGUCCUAUUCUCUAUCGACGGCCACGACUUAUAUGUAAUUGAAGCAGAUGGAGUGCUGACAGAACCUCUGGUGGUAGAUCAGCUCCAGAUUUUUGCGGCUCAACGCUAUUCUGUGGUUCUCGUAGCCAAUCAGCCGGUGGAUAACUACUGGGUACGCGGUGUUCCUAACUCGGACAAGACCCACCACGGCUCUGCUAUCCUACGCUACAAAGGCGCCCCAAAGGUUGACCCGACUACGGUCAAUAAUCCACCCACGAAGCCAUUGCAAGAGACCGAUUUGCAUACUCUAAUCAAUCCCGGUGCUCCUGGCACUAAAGGGUAUGGUAAUGCAGAUAUCAACCUCGACCUCGAGGUUUCCGUCACUGGCCUAAACUUCUAUGUCAAUAAUGUCACAUUCCAAGCCCCCUCCGUUCCUGUUCUACUCCAAAUUCUUAGUGGAGCUCGAGACCCUUCUCAGCUGUUCCCACUCGGGAGUGUGUACGUUCUCGAGGCCAACAAAGUGGUAGAGUUGACGAUGGCAAUAACUGGUCCAGGUGGACCUCAUCCCAUACACCUUCAUGGGCAUACAUUCGAUGUCGUACAGAGCGCGGGCAGCAGUACCUUCAAUUACGAGAACCCGGUUCGCCGCGAUGUGGUCAACUCUGGGAGCGAUGGGCAACAAAUGGUGAUCCGAUGGGUGACCGACAAUUCUGGCCCCUGGAUCUUGCAUUGUCACAUUGACUGGCACCUUGAAGCUGGUCUUGCCGUUGUAAUGGCAGAAAGUCCCCCUGAUACUAGCGCACAUGUGAGCCCCGUGCCAUAUGAAUGGGAUCGCUUAUGUCCAAUCUAUUACAAUGGCAACUAUUAG